AUGGCAGAUGGGUGGACUGAUCAAAGGCAACGAACUUUAAUUAACUUUCUAGUUUAUUGUCCUGCUGGUAUGUCAUUUGUUAAGACUGUUGAUGCUUCUGAUGUGAUAAAAACUGCUAAUGCAUUGUUUAAUUUGUUUGCUGAUGUUAUUGAGUGGGUUGGGCCUAGUAACAUUGUGCAUGUGGUCACUGAUAAUGCUGCUAAUUAUGUAUCUGCUGGAAAACUUAUUCAUGAAAAAUACCCAAAUAUAUUUUGGUCUCCCUGUGCUACCCAUUGUAUCAAUCUUAUAUUGAAAGAUAUUGCAAGUAUUCCUCAUAUAUCUGACCUUGCUUCCCGUGCUUCAAAAGUGACUGUGUUUGUCUACAAUCAUAUGAUAUUAUUGUCUUGGCUUAGAAAAAGAAAAAGUUGGACAGAAAUUGUUCGACCAGGAGUCACACGUUUUGCCACUGUUUUCAUUACUUUGAAAAGUAUAUAUGAUCACAAGGUAGAUUUGCAGACAUUGAUGGUAGACCAAUAUUUUACUUCUCAUAAGUUAUCCAAAAGUGCUAAUGGAAAGAUGGUUAGCUCAAUUGUCUUGGACAGUAAGUUUUGGCAAGACUGUCUUACCACUGUGAAAAUUGUUGGUCCUCUUAUUAAGUUGUUGAGGCUUGUUGAUGCUGAUGAAAAACCCUCUUUGGGAAUUGUGUAUGAAGACAUGCAAAGAGCAAAAAAGGCUAUCAAGACCAUGUUCAGAAAUCGGAAAGCUUCUUAUACGCCAUACACAAGUAUCUUGAAAAUGAGGUGGGAUAAACAUUUGAAGCGUGAUCUCCAUGCGGCAGCGUACUUUUUAAAUCCGGGCAUUUUCUACAGUGAGGGUUUUGUUGAGAAGGCAAAUGUUUUGAGAUCUUUACUUGAUUUGCUUGAUGUUGAAACACUUUGUGAUGACUCAGUUGCUGCAAUGCAAGAGAUACAGCUGUAUCGAGAUUGUAAAGAAAGUUUUGGGAGGGAAAGUGCUAAGAGAGCGGCAUCAAGACUCGAACCUGUUCGUCUUCUUCAUCAAACCUCUUCUUCAUCUGGAUGUGAGAGGAACUGGAGCCUUUUUGAACAAAUCCAUUCAAGGAGGAGGAACCGAUUAGAGCAUCAAAGGUUAAGUGACAUUGUUUAUGUCACUUAUAACCUACGCCUUCAAUCUAGGUUGCAUCGAAAGAAGAGAAAUUAUGACCCAAUUGACAUUCAAAGCAUUGACACAGUAGAUUUUUGGGUAAUGGCAGAUGAGGAUGAUCCUGAAUUUACUAAUGGAGAUGUUGAAGGCAUUGAAAGUUUAAUAUACACUGAUAAUGCUAUGCCUUCGUAUCCUAAUGAUGGUGGAGACAUGGAAGUUGAAAUGGAUAUGCCUGAUGUUGUAAUUGAAUCCUCAAAUACUUCUUUUGAUGGUAUCUCUGAAGAUGCUGGCUUUGGAUUACCUGUUUAUGAUGGAGAUAUCGGAACACUUAAUGAUGAUUAUGACUUCUGA